AUGAAAAACAUCAUCAUAUUAGUAUUAGUUGCAACAACCUUUGCUACUAAUCUUUCUGCUUUUGAGAAAAUUGAAAAAAGUAGAUUGGGAAAGACUUUGUUGAAUACAAUUUCCCUUCAUAUGUAAACAGGUGAGCCUCUUGAAAGAGUGUUCUAAACACUUUAUGAUUUGGAAGAAAGAUACUAAAAUGAUUAAAGAGAAGACGAUGCUGAAAAUAAAGUCUUUUAAUCAUAAGUAGAUGGUGAUCUUGCUGUUUUGAACUAAGAACUUGCUAAUCUUGAAUAGAAAGGAACAGAAUUAUAAGCUAGAUUAGAUGAAUUAUAGCCAUAAUAUGACACAAAAGUUGGAUAAAGAGUUGCCAAAUUAGCUGAAUUAACUCUUGUUUAAAAAGUAUUAAAUGAAGCUACAGAGAAAAGAACAUCAUAAAAUAAUGACUUUGAAGCCUAAAGAGAAGAAUUCACUUUUGUUUCUAGUGUUCUUGCUGAAGCCAGAAGAUUAUUUACAGAUAAUUUAUAAGCUCCAACUUUCUUAUAAAAAGGAUCAUCAGAAUCUGUUCAUGCUACUCCAGCAAUAUUUGCUUAAGUAGCUUCUCAUUUAAAUAGUGCUGCUCAUAAGGCUAGUUAAAUGAAACAUAUUAAGACUUAUGGAAAAGCUAUUAAACUUUUGGCUUAAUUAUCUAUUAAGGCUUAAUAAUUUGCCAAUUAAGAAUUAACAAGCAGAAUCGUCUAAUUAAUUGAUGAUCUUUAAAAUUAACUUUAAUAAGCUUUUGAUUUAGCUAGAAAAUAAGAAGAUGCUAAGAGAUAAUAAUUUGAAGCCUAUAGUACUUUAUUAUAAAGAGAUAUCAACAAAUUAAAUAGUUCUAUUGCUAAUUUAGAUGCUGAAAUCUAAUCAUUAGCUGAUUAAUUAGCUGCCACUCAUUCUUCAUAGGAUGAUAAUAAUGAUAGAUAUGCUGCUAAACUUUAAUAAAGAGAUGAUAGAAGAGCUGAAGGAUAAUAAGCAGCUUAUGAAUAUUAAUAAAGAAGAUCAGCUAGAGAUGCAGAUAGAUAAACUGUAUCUGAUUUGAUUGGUCAUUUGAACACAAAUUUGAGAGAUUUGAAAGAAUAUAUAGCUUAAAGAGUUGCUGCUGGAGAUAAUGACUUAGGAUAAUGA